CUACGACACUGAAGAUUUGUUUGAUGAAUACAAAACCGUUGCCGAGCAGCAUAAAUAUAAGAAGCCGGGUCGUAUUAUCUCUAAGAAGCAUACUUAGGUGAAGGGUGCAUUUCAUACCUGACUGACUGGCUGGUGCUAUUGAUCACAAUUCAUGCUUAAAAAGAUAAGCUCUUCUGACAAUUAGAGUAUGAAUCUGCAGAAACAACCUCUGUUGGCAGUUGGAUAUUUGGCAGUAAAUUUUGAGCAGUAAAGAGAUAGUACAAAACUAGCACUUUAAAAAGGAAAACCAUGGAGAUAUGCUGAGAGACUCCCAAGCUAUUCGGUGUUGAAUGUCACUCAACUCUGAAUCAGACAAGGGACAAUUUAUACACUUGUUGAAUGAGUAAUGGACAUUUUCACUCGAGUCUAAACAGAGCUUCUUUACGGAUGUCAUACAUAGCCCCCAUUAAAACUUAAGUCUGCUCUGUAUAGUCUUACACAAGGCAAUCGACGCCUUAAGCAGAUAAAGUUUUGGGAUUAGGAUUAGUAGCUGCGGACAUGGGUUAGGCAAGGGCGGUCUUCAUACUUGACUUGUUGGCUGGUGAUUUUUUUUAGUGAUAAGCUUGGUAGUUAGGGGAUCCAAGGGGACCCCAUUAAUGAUGAAAGAAUAAGUAACAGUGGAGACAAAUGUCAUGAUGAUAUCAACCCAAGCACCUGCAAACCCCAUCUUUGUCAGAAGUCUUCUAAAUAAAACCCACUCUACCAGAUCAUAAGCUUUACUCAUGUCAAGCUUCAUAGCAAUGGUACCCCUAUGACCCUUUGACCUCUUCUUCAUAGUAUGGAAAAGCUCGAGAGCAAUAAGUGCAUUAUCGGUAAUUAAACGCUUAGGAAGAAAGGCACUCUGAUUUUCUGUCACCGUAUCUUGAAGAAGCGGUUUCAACCUAUUAGCCACCACUUUUGAAGAUAGCUUAUAAAGAACAUUGCAUAGUGAAUAGGACGGAACUGUGAAAUACAAGUCGGUCCUUCACUUUCGGAAUAAGAGAAACUUUCGUACGGUUUACAUCACUCAAGCAAUUCUACCAGAAAUAAUAUUGUUAACAAAAAUAGUCACAUCAUCUCCAACAAUAUGCCAAUAUUUCUAAUAAAAAAUAGCGUGUAAACCAUCGGGCCCCGGGGCUUUACAGGGGCUCAUUUGAGAGAGGGCAACAAAGAUUUCGGCUUUGGGGUAAGGACGACAAAGAGAAAUAUUCAUACCUUCACUCACCAUGGACGACACACAAGAGAGCACCUCAACUCAUCAAGUUCACAUCGAUCUCACCCCUCGUGAACAGCGAACCAUAGAAAUUGAGAAUAAUUUUCUCAAUCUCCUGUUUUCCAGUAUGCCAAUCACCAUUAGAGUCAUGGAGACCUUGAGGAGAGAGAAGAACCAGCUAAGCAAUUUGGCAGGCAGAAGGCUGGGAGUUAACAGAUCAUCAACAAGCAAAAAAGCAAAUAAGGGCAAAAAUGUAUUUGUACUUUUUGAGGGGCAAAAGAGUCACCACACUAUUACUAAGGAGUUUUUCAACUUGCAACUUCUCACUUUUAAUAGUUAUAUUAUAGAUAAGAACAACAAAUGUGACAUAAAAAUAAAAUAAAUAAAGGUAUAUUUAUAAGGUUUAACUAUGAGAGUGAGGGAUAGCUUAAAUGGUUAGGGCUUCCCUUUCGAUUUCAAGAGAUCUUGGGAUCGAUUCUCACUCCCACCCUUGUAGCUCUCUAAACACCAAAAUAAGGUCUAACGAUGUUUCAUCCCGCAAUAAUAUCAAUCAUGGAUUACCAUAAAAUAUCCACAAUGCUCAGACACUUUUUGCAACACUGCAGUGUGCGGAAGUGCGGAAGCUAUGCUCAGUCUUUAAGUAUGAAUCGGAGCUUGAGAAGUUACUCAAAACUGUUGAAACCAUCAACAGUUCCCUCCUUGAUGCCGGCUCUAAGUGGCAGGAGCUCAGCCAUGAAGGCCAAUGCUGGGUCGAGAACCUAAAAAACGCUGUGUACGAUGCUGAUGAUCUGUUUGAUGAAUAUAGAACCAUUGCUCAGCAGCUGAAUGGUAUGCCUGAUGAUCAACUCACUGAGAAGGUACACUGUUUCUUCUCCUCUAAGAACCCGCUCUCAGUUGCUCAUAAAACGCCUGCUGAGGUUAACUCUUAUUUGCUGAAUGGUGUGCCUGGUGGUCAACUCUCUAAGAAGGUACGCCGUUUCUUCUCCUCUAAGAACCCGCUCUUAUUUGCUUUUAAAGCGUCUGCUAAGGUUAAAAAGCUUAGGGAGGAGUUGGAUACCUUAUCAACAAAUCACAAGAAUUUUGGGUUUAGUGAGCUGUAUAAGCCUGUCAAGGGUAGAGUGGAAACAUAUUCUUAUGUGUAUGAACAUAAUAUUAUUGGGAGAGAUGCUGAUAAGAAGGAGAUUGUGGAUUUAUUGUUGAAAGAUGACUCAGACAAAGAUAUAUCUUUUGUGACUGUUGUGGGGAUUGGAGGGUUGGGUAAAACAGCUCUUGCUCAACUUGUGUUUAGUGAUCAUAGGAUUAAAGCAGCAUUCAAAGAUGAGAUGUACUGGGUUUGUGUGUCUUUUAAUUUUGAUACAAAAGAUAUACUAAGUAAGAUACUUAAGAAGAAGCAACGUACAUUCGAAGAUUUAUAUAGUAAAGUUCAAAAGCAGAUUGAAGGGAAAAGGUACAUGCUUGUUUUAGAUGAUGUGUGGUAUGAGGGAGGUAUAAAAUGGGAUGAGCUGAGAGACUUCUUGAAAUUAGGUGGAAAGGGAAGUAGAAUCUUGGUGACCAGUCGCAGUCAAAAGGUGGCAACAGCUAUUGGAAAUUAUCCAAUGCACAAGUUGCAAGGUCUUUCUGAAAAGGAUUCUUGGGAAUUAUUUAGGAAAAUAUCACUUGGAGCUCAGGAAGACGAAUUCAUUGCUGGUUUUGAUGAAAUUGGCAGAGAUAUUGUGAAAAAAAUGUGCUAAUGUGCCUCUCUCUAUAAAGGUGGUCGCUAGUUUGUUGCGUAGUCAAGAUAUAAAUGCUUGGCAGUCGUACAGAAGAAUUGAUUUGGCUAAAAUGCGUGACGAUGAGGAUGACUUGAUGCCAAUUUUGAU